AUGGCUCAAUCCAUCCUCCUCAUAAACGGCCCCAACCUCAACCUCCUUGGAACCCGGGAGCCUCACCUCUACGGUUCUGAAACUCUCGCCGAUGUAGAGUCUAGGCUUGAGACUCAUUGCACGAGCCUCUCCACAGCCUCAAAACAAGUCACCAUCUCGUGCUUCCAAUCAAACCACGAAGGGCUGCUCAUAGACCGCAUUCACCAAGCCAGAGUCGACAAGGUCGAUGCAAUUAUCAUAAAUGCAGGUGCAUUCACGCACACUAGCGUUGCGCUGAGAGAUGCGUUAUCAGGUGUGAAUAUUCCAUUUGUGGAGAUCCACGUUACAAAUGUGCAUGCCCGAGAGGAAUUCAGGCACAAGAGUUUCCUGGCAGAUAAAGCGGUCGCUGUGAUUUGCGGCUUGGGUACUUAUGGAUAUGUGGCUGCACUUGAGUUUUGCGUAAGCUAUUUGAAGAGAUGA